GAAGGUACUACCCCAAAGUUUUCGUUCAUUAACGCGGCGUUUCUCUCAUCGACGAGCGUUCUCGACCAAGAUUGCAAUAGCAGGCUGUUGUCACGGUCAUCUCGACGAGACGUACGACCAGGUUGCGGCGGCAGAGGCCCGAGACGGUCGACCAGUCGACCUCCUCAUCAUAUCUGGCGACUUUCAGGCAAUCAGAAAUGCCAGGGACUUGGCGUGCAUGUCUGCUCCUCGCAAGUAUCGCAAACUUGGAGACUUUUACAGGUAUUAUACAGGCCAGAAACGCGCUCCCGUUUUGACCCUGGUCGUAGGAGGGAAUCACGAAGCAUCAAACCAUUUCUGGGAGCUGUACCAUGGAGGCUGGCUAGCGCCAAACAUCUACCACAUGGGGAACGUUGGAUGCGUGCAGGUUAAUGGACUUCGCGUUCUUGGUCUCUCAGGUAUUUUCAAUGCUGGGGACUACAAGUUAGGCCAUUUUGAGCGCUUACCAUACGACGGGGCGACGCUGAGAAGUAUCUACCACGUCAAGAUGUUUGACGCAUUUCGAGCCUCAUUGCUUUCCCCGGAUCUCCCCAUCGUCGUCUCCCACGACUGGCCUCAGAAUAUCGCUCAUUACGGGGAUCUGCAGACCUUGCUCAAGAGCAAGCCAGGUCUAAAAGCAGACAUCGACUCGGGGAAACUGGGAUCUCCUCCGUUCAUGUACUUAAUAAAGUCCCAUCGCCCACGGUGGUGGUUUGCCGCACAUCAUCAUGUCCUCUUCGAGGCGACGGUGCCCCACGAUGAAGUAGGAACCCAGACACGGUUUCUUGCCCUCGAUAAAUGUAUACCCAAAUGCCACUAUCUCGAGGUGAUGGAAGUUGAUACUCCUCAACCCACUACGCCAUCUGGGACACCCACCCUCGCGUUCGAUCCUGAAUGGCUUGCCAUAACGCGCGCUCUCCACCCAUGGUUCUCGUCGACAAUGACUCAACAGGAGCUCCCGUCUGUUGCAGACGCCCGGGCACUCGUGGCCAAAGAGCUUGAAUGGGUAGAGAACCACAUCCAAAAAUCGUCAGACGGGUGUAUACGUGUUGAGGACUGGCAGGAAUUCGCCCCUGUUGCUCCUGGUCAUGAUCCCGAUAACGAAACGAGUUCCAGCAAUGAACAGCCGCCGCAUUAUCUUAAUCCUCAAACCACUGCGUUUUGCAAGAUGCUCGGGAUCGAAGAUAAGGUGAACACUUAG